UCGUGAUUUUAUAACACUAUAAUAUGCGUAUGCUGCUUAUACCUAUAUACAUUUUAAAACUAAUUUAAUGUUUAAAAAUUAAUUGAUUUUUUGUUUUAUGCCUAAUUUUGAAAAAUCACAAUAUUAUUAUUAUUAUCGCGUUCACAACUCAAAUAUUAUUGUGUAAUGUGUAUAAUAGCAUGGGGCACAGGUAUAGACUAUAAAUAACAAUAAACUAUAUAUAUAACGGUAAAUUGAUUGCUUAUAUUAUAUUAUUAUCCGUCUUAAGCACGGCUAAUGACUAUAGAUAAUUAUCUAUAGCCGUGGUCUUAAGGUUUAUGCAAAAAAUUAAAAAUACAUAAUACUUAAACAGUAAACCGUGAUUCGCCUCCGCGUUAAUUAUCUUUUCUUUCCCGCCAAUAUUAAAUACGGCGACCAUAGACACUGACUAAGAUAUUUGUCUGUGCCACAGAUAAUAUUCGGUUGCAAUCACAGACAUAAUACAACUCAUUGUAUUAUAUUUUGUAUGUGGUUGCAUUGGUUGCAAUAUUAUAAAACACGAGAUAUUAUUACUGAUAAAUCAACUCUAAAUUUAUUUCUGAUUGUUUUGCUCCUCUGUCGUUUAGUCUUGCCGCCUGGGUAUUUACCAUCAUUAUGAUUUAUGAAUCAUGUGACUUAUGUGACUACAGUUAUUUUUAUAGACGUGCUGGUGCAACACAAUCCUCAUCCCAAUAUCCCAUAGAGAAAAGAAUAUCAUCCUGAUUACUGAUGGUUGGUGAUCGGUGAUCGGAGUGUUCGGCUUUCAGUUUUUUCAGUUCUCAUUGAAUCCCAAUGGAUUUAUAAUUUUCAUAAUAAUCCCGCCAUUCGCUCCGUAUAAUUUUGAGGACGCGCAUGAAAAAUUAUUAUUGAAAACGUGACCCGUGUUUCGUCCUGUAUAAAAAAAUAGAAUAACCACCAUAAAUAAUGGAAAAAUCAUUAGUUCCUCAUAAGUAUGCAAAUAAUGACCUACUAUUUAUUACUCAUGCUGAAUUUCAAGGAUGUUUCAUAAAAAUUUGGGCAAACUUUUAUUCUCAAAAGAAAUCAAAUUUAGAAAAAAAUGUACAAGAUUAUGAACGUUACUCGAGGGAUUGUAAUAAAUUGGACUUAUUAGAAAACAAGUUAUAUGUAUAUACUUGGAAAAAUGACUAUGAAUCAAGAGUUUAUAGAUGUCGAAUUAUACAUUCAGAUUUAGUAGCCAAAACUCACACUAUAAUACUCAUAGAUUAUGGCCGAACUAUGGUGGCAUCGUUUUUUGAUGUAAGAGAAGUAAUCCAAGAUUUAGAUCCAUCUUUUUUAAUUGAUAUAUGUCAAAGAGCUACAGUGUACACAUUUUUAUUGAGUACAUUUAUAAGUAAACCUAAAUCAAACAAUGGCUUAGUGAAUAUUUUGUGUAAUAAAUAUUACAAAUAUCGAAGGGACUUUGAAGUUGGGGGUAUCACAUUCAUAUCAUUAUUUGAUGUUGACAAAAUAUUAACUGAAAAAGGUGUAGCAGAUAUUAUCAAUUUGGCAUCAAUGAUCACCAUUGCUAAAAGUAUGGAAUCAACAAUUAAGUUAAACAAUCAAACUGAUAUGAUUAACAGUAGUCCAUUUAAAAGUAAUGGCUAUGGUUCUUUUUUAAGAUCCCAACAUUUAGAUUGUGUUACUUUAAUAGACAUAACUGUCACAAGAAUUAUUAUGGAUAACAAUUCAGCUCUACUAACAGUUCGAACACUUGAUAAUGAAUCUGAAGUAUUAACUAAUAUGUUAAAUUCAAUUGAUAGACAAAAUUUAAAACUUGCACCUGUUCUUGAAGUGUACACUCCUUGUUUGAUUGUUUUACGUAACAAAUUGGUUAGAGCCAUAAUUUUAGAAGUAAAAAUCGAUAAAUUGUACAUUGAUCUAGUUGAUUAUGGACUCAAAGAAUUGAUACCAAGAACUGCAGUUUUUGAAAUACCUUCUAAUUGCUAUUUAAUUGAAAUGCGAUCUUUGAAUGUGAUACUAGACAAGCCAGAUGAUACUAUUUUCAACCAAAACAUGUUUCUUCAAAAAUAUUUCAAAAUGUUACCAUUGAAAAUAGAUCCUAAUUUUGGUUUAUAUAAAGUUAAAUUGUUCAAAAAAAAUAAUGAAGAGCUUAUUGAUGUAGGAGAUUUAUCAAAAAGUACUUAUGAGCAAUGUUCAGCAUCUAUUAAAUCUCAAGAAAUGUUUUCAAUAACAGAAAUAAAUGAUGAAAUUAAAAGCAUUGAAAAUAAUGCUGAUAUUUGUACAACGCCAAAAAACAAUCUUAAUUGUAUUCAAAAUGAAAUAAAAGAUAUGAAUCCUAAAGAGAUGUUAAGCAUAGAUUCAAAACUUAAAGAAACCAUUGAUUCAGAAAUAAAUGAAAUCGAAAAUUCGCAAUUGAAAGAUAUCAUAUAUCUAGAAGUAGUAGAAAAAGACCCAGAAGUUACAAAACAUAUAUUGCCAAUUAUGUCUUUAAAAAAAGAAACUUUGAAUAAUACAGAAGAAAUUAUUGGUUCGUUGAUUUUUUACAAAUCACCUUUUAACUUUCGUGUGAGACAACACAAUCCAAAUUUUGAACCUUUCAUGAAUGAUAUUAAAUCCGCACUAAACUCUCGUUAUAUUUUGAAAAAAUGUGAACUUGUAAAAAAUAUGUAUGUUAUUUAUCAAAUUCAAUCGAAUUCUAUAUAUCGUGCUAAAAUAAUUGACAUGGAUUCUGGAAUUGAAAAGAUUAAAUUACAAUUGAUUGAUGAAGGUGACAAAAUAAUUAACGAAUAUUUUGACAAAGUCAUAUUAUACAAUUUUGUUGAAAGUGAUUGCAAUUUACCUGGACAAUUAGUACUUAAUUGUUCAUUAAGUGACAUGUGGUUUCCUGUUAUAAAUAUUGAUACCACAUUAAUGUUACAACCAUACUUUAAAUUAGGUGAACUGUAUAAGAUUUUGAUUGUAAAAACUGAUGAGUCUGGUUCUAAGGUAGUACAGAUGAUUCAUAAAGAUACUAAUAUUGAUGUUUCUAAUGCUAUACUUCAAUCUGGAAUUGGGCAACGUUUAAAUGCUGCUAUGAAAACAGAUGAAAAUCCAUACGAAGAAAAUCUAUUAAUAGGUCAAAGUUUUCUCUCAUAUGUUUAUAACUAUCAUUUAAAAAUAAGCAUUCAACCUGAACCAAAUACUGUUGAUGAGCUAGAAGAAGAGAUUUUAAAAUAUAUCAAUGAAAAUCCUAGGUCUGAAUCAGUAGAUAUUGAUUAUUUACAAAGUACAUAUUGUUUGGCAACUAUUGAUAAUGAUCAAUGGUAUAGAGCUUAUAUAAAAAGCAUGAAUGAAGAGUCUAUCAUAGUGAACAUGUUUGAUAUUGGCUUAUUGACCGAUGUGCCUUUAAAUCAGAUUCGACCAAUUUCAAGUGAUUUAUUGAAAAAACCUCAGCUUUGUUUGAAUUGUCAUUUAGAAACUAAAUACUUAGAUGUUAAAAUUACUGAAAAAACAUUGUAUAAUGUUACAGUAAAAUCCAUCGAUCGCAAUGGAAUGUUGUGUAUCAGUAUUAAAGAACAUAAUUCUGCACCACUUUCCACUCCAAUUGUUCGUGGUAUUGAAAAAAUAUCAUUUUUACACGUUGAUGGUGACUUGACUUAUUUGCAGAGGUCUCAAGAUAUAUCAAAAGUUGAACAAAUAUCUGAAAAUCUAUCAAAACUUAAUGGUAAAUUAGAAAUUAAAGCUUCCAUAGUACCAGGGGACAUAUACAUGUUUGAAAACCAUGGUAAAUAUUAUAGAUGUGUAGUUAAAUCAAUUAAUUCUAAUGUGGUGAUUGUACAUUGCAUUGACUUUGGUUAUGAAAAGCAAAUAGAGAAAAAAAAGUUACAAUAUUUGGGGCAUACUAAAAUAGCAUUAAAACCAGCACUUGUCAUCACUGUUAAAACAUUCCCAAUGGCAUUUAAUAUGUCUAGAACAAUGUUCCUAGCCAACAUGCAUGUAGACCUUGAUGGAACACUUAAUGCUUUGCCGAACAAAAUAACCUCAAUGCAGUCACAACACAAAAUAAUAGAAACCCUUGAAAACGGAUGUUUAGUGAAAGUCACAUAUGUUAACUCAGACAGUGACUGUUGGAUUGUUCCUCAUUUAUUUAAUGAUAAGCUAAAGAUUAUUUCAGAUAUUCUUAUAAAAAUGCAAUCAAAAAUGAUACCAGCUGUGACUGAAAUUGGUUCAAUGUGUGCUGCAUUACAUUCAGUAACAAAAAAUUGGCACCGAGCUUUAAUAUUGGAUGUUGAUAAAAGUACUGAAAAUGUUUUAUCAAUAGAUACAGGUGAACGGUUUAAAGCGUUGAAAACCACUAAAUUGGUUAGUGAAAUUCAGAAAAUACCAAAUUGUGCUUUGCGCUGCCGAGCAAUUUCAAAUGUAAAUAUUAAUACACUUUUUAACAAAGAUGUUGAAUGUAAGCUGAUGUCUUAUGCACAGUCACUACUCGAGGUAAAAUUAUUUACAAAUGACAUUAACGAAUUAGAAAUUACUUCUACUGUGUCAUUUAUGGAGUGGACUAUUACCAUCAAUAGGUUUGAAUCAUUUAACGAGUUUUAUGUCAAAAAAGUCGAAGAUGGUUCUAAUAAUGAAAUUUUGAACGUACAAUUAAAUUCUAUUGCUAACAAUUUGGAAGAUUUUUCACAACUACCACCUAUCGGUACACUAGUUGCAGCAUUAACAGAUAAAAAUAAAUGUGUAUGGUAUAAGGCUGAAUUGUUGACCCCCGUUCAAACAAAUUUAGUUGUUCGGAUCAUUAAUGAUGACACUAUUUGCAAAGCAAUAAAAAUAAAAGUGUUGCCAAGCAUAUUUUUUGAUGAAAAUUUGUAUUUUAAAUGUUGUCUAGAUCAAGAAAUUGAGGAUGUUAAUAUUAAUGAUCCCCUAAAUUUUGAUGUUAUUUCAGAAAUGAUGAUAAAGUAUAAAUGGGUAAUGAAAACAACAAGUAACACUGAACCAUAUAGAGUGACAUUGACCCAUGAUGGUAUAGAUUGUAUUGAUAUGUUAUAUACAAUUUUAACUAAUGAUAACCAUGACAUUUCUAAUAAUAGUAAAAUAUCAAAAAAUGAGCCACAAACUUUGGAAAAUGUAGUUAAUGAUAAUUUUGCAGAAUCGACUUUAGAAAAUCCAUUAAAUAACAUUCAAACGAAAACAAGUAAUGAAAAUGAUUUAAUUUUACCUGAAGUAGAAACUGUAGUUAUCAAGCAUAUUGAUACGUUCCAAUAUUUUUAUGCACACUCUGAGAGCUUGUCAGUGUCGUUUAUGCCACGGAUCAAUGAAGACUUAGAUGUUAGUAUAGUUGAAUUAUCUUUAGAUCAUAUUACUGUUGGUUGCAUUGUUGUUACAUACAGUCAUCAUUUUAACUGCUGGUGUAGAGCCAAAAUAGAAAUAAUCCAUCUUGAGAGUAGCAGUGCUUAUUGUUAUCUAUUGGACUUUGGUGAUUAUGAAGAAUGUAGUGAAUUCUAUAAACCAACAGAAUUUCUUAACAUGUGUCCUCCAUUGGUAAGACGCUGUUCAUUGUAUGCACCAAACUUAGCUGGUCAAGAAAAUCAAAUUUGGUUUCCCAAUGUUAAUGAUAUGUUCAAAGAUAUGAUAAUAAUUGAUGGUAUUAAAUUUGAUAUGAUUAUAAAAACCCAGGGAGAUCCUUGUGUAGUAUCUUUAAUCCAAGCGGGUUGUGACGUUAGCGCAAUGUUGGAUCCUCUUUAUGUUCAAUUGUUACAAGUUAAAUCUUUUAGUGAUUUCAAAAUUAAAGCAAUAUCUAGUGAUCAAGAAUAUUUGACCAAAAAGUUGGACAACUAUGUUAAUCAAACAAAUUUGGUGCAGGUAGAAAACCCUAUAGUUGGCGGGUUUUAUCUUACCAAAAUUGAUUCAAAGUAUGUGCGUGUACAAUUAGAAUCAUAUAGCGGUUCUAAGUAUGCAAUCAUUGAUAUAGAUGAUACGUUCAGUGUUUUAUCUGUAACAAAUUUAUUUGAACUACCAGAAGAUAUUCGCAGUAUUCCUAUUCUAUGUAUGUCCUGUUCCUUGAUUCUCGAUGAUAAAGAAGAAAAUUAUAGUUUGAGCAACUUCAAAAAGUUGGCAAACCCACAGGUUACCUUCAUUAUGUGCAUAAUUACAGAAAAUGAUGGUUCAACUCCUAAUCUAGUUAGACUUUAUAUUGACAACAAAAGCAUUUUGGAUUUUAUAAAAUUACAAUAAUUGAAAUGUUUAAAUAUGUUAAAUUUAUUUAUAAUCAAAUUUUUAAGUACAAAGUUUUUUCAUUUUUUUUUUUAAUUUUUUACCACAAUUUAAGAAAGUAAUUGUUACAUUAUUAAAAUUCAUUAAUUAUUUUAUAUUAUUAUUUUCCAUGUUGUAAAAUUUGAAUUGUUAUACUUACAUUAAUUUAUAAAUGAAAUUUUUGAAAU